AUGUCAUCCUAAAAUAUUUUUGGGAAUUUCCACGAUAACAACAGGCUAAUGGAAUUAUAUGAAAUACUGUAAAUAAUAAAAAAUUAAUCAGCAGAUUAAUCUAAAAUUUAAAGUUAAGAGGAGAUUUUCCAAAAGUUUUCUAUUCUCUACAAUUAUUUAAUGUUUAAUGAAAUCUAACAACUUGUAAUCCUUAUUUGCAAACACAACAAGUAAUUCUAAGAAUCAAUCUCUAUGUAUUAAUACUUGAAAUAACAAGAAUGUUAAAUUGAUAAAACAAUCAAUGUUGAUAAGUUAAUUGAGUCUUUUGAAAAUUAUGCAAAUGAAUUUGAUAUCAAUUAGAACAAAAAUGAUGCUACAUGGUAUAAAAUUUUAAUUUGUUGUGUAAAACUAUUAUCAAAAUAAAUAUCAAAUGAAGAGGAUACUAAAAUAUAUAACAAAAUUCAUAAGUAAUUAAAUUUUUAUAUUGAUCAAAACUUACCAAACAAUAAUACUAAUAAUUUAAUAUAAUAAAUAAAUAUGUUUCAUUUACCAUGUAUACAAUAUGUUUAAUUGUAUUCAUCAUUUCAAUUAUUAAUAAAUACACUCAGAUAUAAGCAGUACAUUGAUUUUACUGAAAAAAAUUACUAAUAUCAAACCCAAUUACUUCCAAAAAUCUUAAAUAUCAGUUAAUAGUAAUCUUCAUUUCACACAUAAAUUUGGAAAUUUUAAUCUAUUCUUAUAGAUGUUACAUAAAAGUAAUUAUAAUUUAAAUUUUUAGUCUAAUUAAUUUUAAUGAACUAUUUAGUGUUACUUAGCAUUCAUUUAAAAAUGAAGGAAUAUAAAAGAUUGCCUUUAGUUUUAAUAAUAUUUAAAGAGGAUUUAAAGUUAUGAAAAUAAUUUUGGAGGAAUCAAUUUUAAAAUAUUUUUAUGAAUAAAUUGAAUUAAAAAUAGAAGAAUACAAAUCAAUUAGUCCUAAUCAAAUUUAAUAAAAAGAAAAUGUUCAAUUCAAACCAUAAGUGCAUAUAGUUUUUCAUGGUUUGGAGGACAUCAAUUUAGAUAAUCCAAAAUAAACAAAACUUGAUUUAGAAAUAUAAAUUCAAAUUGGAGAAAAUGAAUUUUUAUCAUUAAAUAAUUAGUAAAAUAUGCAAACUUUGAUUUGGAAUUAUGAUAAGAUUAAACAUUUUAAUUUGAUAAUUUAGUUAUUAACACAAAUAUUUGAAUGCUCAUAAUUAUGGAUUCAAUACAUACCCAAAAACCCUUAAGAAUAUUUUGAAUUUUUAUGCUCAAAAGUGAGCAAAUAAAAAUUAGAUGUAGAUAGAUAAACUUUAACUAAUUGGUUUCAAAAGGAAAAACCAAAUAUUAACAAUAGUAUUGAAUCUCUCUUGGCUUUAUUAGAAAGCAUUGAAUUUUUGCUUUUAAAAGUAUAGAUAUUUGUUAAUUUAGAUUGAAAGCAAUAUUAAUAAAGAGAUGGCAAAAUAUUAAAAAGAAAAACCAAUAUAAUUGAAUAAGGACAAAUUUGCUAAAGUACUUAUUUAGUCAGGAUUUAAAAUAGAAUAUGAUUUAAUCAAUAAAAUUGAAAUAAGAUUAGCUGAAAAUAUUAAAAAUAAUUUGGAAUCAAUAUUAAAUUAAAUCAGCCCAAAAACUUAAAAAAUAAAAGGAAUUGUUUAGUUAAUUAAAAAAAUCACACCUAACUUUAAAUGA